AUGGAGUGCCUCCGUCGGGGGCAGGCAGGGGGCUCGGGAAGCGUCUGGACUUCGCAGGCUUUUCCUCUUCGCUCGGUGGCUGGCCAGAUGCAGUACUGGCCAUUUUCUGCUUCCGAUCUUUACAAUUGGAAAACCCAUAACCCCUCUUUCUCUCAAGACCCCCAGGCUCUGACUGGGCUGAUCGAGUCAAUUUUAUUGACUCAUCAGCCCACCUGGGAUGAUUGUCAGCAGCUUCUGCAGACCCUCCUCACUACUGAGGAAAAGCAGCGCGUCUACCUUGAGGCACGGAAAAACGUCCCUGGAGCAGAUGGCCGACCGACCCUACUGCCAAACGAAAUCGAGGAGGCGUUUCCCUCAACCCGUCCUGAUUGGGACUACACCACCGUUGCUGGUAGGGAGCGACUUCGUCUUUACCGCCAGAUUCUCCUUGCGGGUCUCAGAGGGGCUGGAAAGCGCCCCACCAAUUUGGCCAAGGUACGUGCAGUAGUGCAGGGGGCUGAGGAAACGCCGGCAGGCUUCCUAGAAAGAUUAAUGGAAGCCUACCGUAUGUACACCCCGUUUGACCCCCUGGCAGAGGACCGGCAGGGAGAUGUAAUCAUGUCCUUUAUAGGACAGUCAGCGCCGGACAUGCGCAAUAAAUUGCAGCGGCUAGAGGGGCUUCAGGGGUAUACUAUACAAGAUUUAAUAAAGGAGGCAGAAAAGAUUUACAACAAAAGGGAGACCCGAGAGGAGAAGGAGGAAAGGAUCCGCAAGGAGAAGGAGGAAAGGGAAGACAAAAGAGACAAAAGACGUAAUCGAGAGCUUAGUAAAAUUUUGGCCACCGUAGUGCAGGAUAUAGAAAGGAGUAGACCAGGACAAAAUAGGGACUUGGGAGACAAACGAAAGCCUCGGGUGGAAAGAGAUCAAUGUGCCUAUUGUAAAGAAAGAGGACACUGGGUCAAAGACUGCCCGAAGAAAACACAGGGACCAAAGAAUAGACCAGUUCCAAUCCUGUCCCUGGAAGAAGACGUAGGUGAGUCAGGGCCAGGAGCCCCCCCCGAGCCCAGGAUAACCCUUGAAGUGGGGGGCAGACCGGUAACCUUCCUGAUUGACACGGGAGCCCAGCACUCGGUACUGACUUCAGAAAAAGGGCCUUUAAGCUCCAAGACUUCCUGGGUUCAGGGGGCAACUGGAGAAAAGUUAUGUCGCUGGACAACCAAUCGAGAGGUCCAGUUAAGUACAGGACUUGUGACACACUCGUUCUUACUAGUGCCAGACUGCCCCUACCCCCUCCUGGGCAGGGACCUACUCUCGAAGGUAGGAGCCCAAAUUCACUUCCAUGAGAAAGGAGCUACCAUCACAGACUCAGGAGGGCGGCCCCUCCAGGUAUUAACACUACGCUUGGAGGACGAACACCGAUUAUUCGAGAGGCCCUCGUCCACCAUGGCUCCCCUGGACCCCAAGUGGCUUACAGAUUUUCCUCAGGCCUGGGCAGAGACUGCGGAAAUAGGGUUGGCCGUCAACCGGCCUCCCUUGAUCAUAGAUCUGAAGCCCACAGCCAUUCCCGUGUCAGUUCGUCAAUAUCCGAUGGGCAAGGAAGCUAAGGAAGGUAUCCGGCCACAUAUCCAGAGACUGUUACACCUAGACAUUUUAAAACCUUGUCGUUCACCUUGGAACACCCCCCUACUACCAGUAAAGAAGCCUGGUACGGGUGACUACCGCCCGGUACAGGACUUGCGGGAGGUUAACAGGAGAACGGAGGCACGUUUGAAUUUGGGAUCUAACACAAUAUAUUGUUUGCAGAAGCAAAAAUACGAACCGUCUUUGAAGCAAUAUGACAUAAACCAGAAGAUUCACAGGAUAACGUGGGAAAUGGCUAUACUUACAGGAGAUCAGGAAGAUUAA